UUUGGCUACGCACGCGCACACACAACGAAUAAAGUACUUUACCUGUUAAUCCCGGUGUAAUACCUGCAAACAUUUGGGGAGCCGCCUGCGACAAAAGAACAUCGUCGCCUCAUCACUGGAAAGACUGACAACAUGCGGAACGUCUUCAAAGGUGGCGGCGCAACAAGAUGGCGGCCCGGGUGCUUCAUUUUGCUGGCUUACCUCCUGACCUCCGCACAAGCUACGACGACUACCUACACAGAUGACUCGUCUACUACCACACCAGAGCAGGUGUACACUUCAAGUGUUUCUGACAGCAUGGCUGACACCGUCACCUACAGCCAGCAUGACAGCACCUCAGACAACAGUCUGUACACCGUGGACAACAGCAUGUCAACCGAUUCAUCGUCAGAUGUGUACACAGGAAGAGUCUCUGAAGUCUCUGAUCAAACGAGUUCAGUAGCACUCGCCAGUGACUACACGACAGGAAGUGACGCGAGCACGAUGUCUGGAGGGUCCAGCACGAUGACAGCUGCAGCCGACACCUCAUCAGCUGACCCCAGCGCGACAACCGCAGGCUUCGUCACAACAACCUCAGGCGCUGGAACAUCAGUUGCACAGUCCAGCACGACUGCUGGGUCCGGCAUAACAACUACGGCAUCGGGCACCUUAGCAGCAGAGUCCGCCUCCACAACUGCAGGGUCUGGCACGACAACUGCAGGGUCUGUGACUACAGCUGCAGGCUCCAGCACGACAACUGCAGGGUCUGGGACUACAGCUGCAGGCUCCAGCACGACAACUGCAGGGUCUGGGACUUCUGCGGCAACUACAGGGUCCGCCACGGCAACUACAGGGUCCGCCACGGCAACUACAGGGUCUGGAACAGCAACUGCAGGUUCCGACACAACAACUACAGGGACUGGAACGACAACCACAGGGCCCACCACGACAUCUUCAGGGUCCGCCACGACAACUACAGGGACUGGAACGACAACUACAGGGACUGGAACGACAACUACAGGGACUGGAACGACAACCACAGGGACUGGAACGACAACUACAGGGACUGGAACGACAACUACAGGGACUGGAACGACAACCACAGGGACUGGAACGACAACCACAGGGACUGGAACGACAACUACAGGGACUGGAACGACAACCACAGGGACUGGAACGACAACUAUAGGGUCUGGAACAACAACAUCAGGGUCUGUAGUGAGCACCAUCAGCGGCGCGACAUACACGACGAACAGCGCCGCAACAGCAUCCACGGGGACGUCAUCCAAUGGCACAUCCGCCACCGGGGCCAGCUCCACCGCUGGUACAGCUACAGUUGGCACAGCGACUUCAAACACCUCCUCUACACUCAACACCAGCGCCACUGCUGCGACCACUGCAGUGUAUUCCAACACUAGUCUCAACAGCAGCACCAGCACCAACAUCAGCAUCAGCACUAGCCCCAGCACCAUACCUAGCAAUCUCACAACAGGUGCCGUUUCCACAACAAGCAUCCCACCCAGCACCACCACCAGCACCACGAGAACCACCACCACAACCAGGACAACUACUCCACCGGCUAACGCAUGUGGUGGGUCGCUGUCAGGCAAUGGAGGGGUUAUCUCGUCACCCAGCUACCCGAGCAUCUACCCAAAUAACAAGGAUUGUACUUGGAACUUGGUCGGUAAUGCUGGCGAGCGCAUUCGGCUAUCGUUUGUGACCUUCGAUCUCCAAGACAACUUCGUCUGCUCCAACGACUACUUGGAGAUUUAUGACGAUCAAACGGGCUGGAGAAUGGACAGAGUAUGCGGCUCAGCAAUCCCAUUGGACUUGACCACCACCUCCAACCGUAUGCGCGUGGUCUUCCACAGCGAUUCCUCCGUAGCCUACACUGGCUUCAACGCAACCUGGAAAUCUAUAUGUGAAACUAGCUACAACUCGUGGUCCUGGAGUGGAAGCCUGGAGUCACCAACUAACAGCAAUUCAAUGAAGAAGGAGUGCUCCUACAUCAUUGACCUUCCCUGGCAGGUGUACGUUGUUCAGCUGACUUUCAACACCUUCAACGUCGGCGUCACCAGUGGCAGCUGCACCACCGACUACGUUGAGGUCCGAGAUGGAGCCGUGAAAGAAGCUCCGUUAAUGGGUCGUUUCUGUAACAACACCUUGCCUCCAGUGCUGACAUCCUCAUCGAGUUCAAUGUGGGUCACGUUUGUCUCGAGCGGAGCCUCAACGAACAGGGGGUUCACCGCGUCCUACAUCUGGGCUACACCUAGAUGUGCGCCUCAGAACCUGACAGACAGGACAGGAACAGUUAAGUCCCUACUGUAUCCCAAUAACUAUCCUAAUGUAGCAGACUGCUCGUGGACAAUCACGGGGAACACAGGAGACCUUAUUGAAUUGAGCUUCAGCACAUUCCAGCUUGAGGGGCCGGGCUACUGGUGUCCAUGGGACUGGGUCAGCGUUUCUGAUGGCAACAACCUUAUUGGCACUUACUGCGGAGCCAACAUUCCGCAAACAAUCACGACAGAGAGCAACAUCAUGAAAAUUUCCUUCCGGUCUGACUACAGUGUCACCUUCCAAGGAUUCCUGGCAUAUUACAGAAUCUACAAUCCUUCAUCAGAUGAACAAAAAAGACAGUAUGAUCUGUAUCCUUUCGGUGGCACAAAUGGCGACAACAUAGUCGCGAGCAGACUAGACCAUAGUGUGGAAGUGUACAUCAAGACCGGCUUUCCGGUCCAAAACACCCUUCAGAGAUACGCAUACAUAAGCACCAACGGGCUGGUUAGUUUUGGAGAUAAUGACAAAGGGAAAAGUCUGAAAUUUAAGCCUAGAAAAUUGCAGGUCUCACCAUUUCACUCGGAUAUCGACUCGACGGUGGCUGGCAGUUAUGUCUCUUAUCGUCUGUAUACAAACAACGCCACCAUCCUAAACACUGCAAGCGCACAGGUGAGGGAGUUCACACAUUACAAGGACUACAAAGCCAGCUUGGUUCUUGUCGUCACGUGGUAUCGGGUGGCGCAUAAAUCCAGCAAAAAUCCCAGCUCAGAACGAGCCACUUUCCAGCUGGCUUUGAUCUCCAACGGCAGACUGUCGUUCGCCAUCAUAACCUGGCAGUGGAACCAGAUGAAAUGGAACUACAUGAAGUCUGAACCUCUGAUCAUUGGCUUUUCCAACGGCCAGGAAGAUCAGGCUAUCUUGUCCGAGUACUCCGAUACCAGUAUCGGCUUCAAAAAGAUGGACAAGAUCAUCGGCAACACAGGUCGCUACGGGAUGCAGAUUUACGCAGUUGGAGACAAGUACAGUCCAGACCAGGUCUGUCAGGACUGGUACGACCGCAACCUGCCCAUGAACGCCGUUCGCCAGAGGGGUUUCGAUCGUCUGCCCGACUGCCCUUGCAGCUUGUGGAUGAUGUGGGGCAACUGGGCGUGGUCUCGAUGGCUAGAUGACUACACAGGCAUCUGCUACCGAAUGACACUGGGCGACUCCCGAUCCGUGUACCCGUAUGGAAAGGAAUGCUGCUAUACCUACAUCCCAUGGUGGUGGUGGUGGUGGUGGUGGAGUUUUCCCUGGGGUCAGUAUAUCUCUGGUGGUCGCAACGCCGGCGCGGCCAUGGCCUACAACCCCGCCUACUGGUCCCUGACCGCCGACUACCAGAAGGAGGACAAAGAUUCCCACGACGUCUGCUGCUACCAAACGACAUCUUCCGAGUACUGCGACAUGUACUACAGCCUCCGGCCAGUGGGCGAGUGCACUACGAGAAUCCCUUUCAGGUUCUCGUUUACGUGGGGUGAUCCUCACAUAAAGACGCUUGAUGGAGGCGAGUACACGAUGAACGGCUGGUGCGAAUACAUCAUGAUCCUCAUCAAUUCUGCAAACACCAGUUUCACCCUGCAAGGUCGCACAGGACUGGCGGAGACGGAGAACGGUACGCUGACCAACGCUACGGUCUUCACGGCCUUCGGAGCGGAGGAGAACGGCGUGCGAGUGUUUGUCGAGCUCCAGAACGGCACGGACGGGAUGAUCAUUUAUGGCAACGACUCAGACUACACCAACAGCUUCAAGCAAAAUGUGAACGCGACUGUCGUCGAGAACGAGGACUUCACCAUUAAGAAUGAUGACGGCGAUUUGGUGAUCACUUUCUCCUCCGGCAUCGGACUGACCAUCUCAGUCGGCAUCAAGGCUCUCGACAUAUCCGUGUCCAUGCCGGAGCGCUUUGGAAACCAGACAAGCGGGCUGCUGGGCAACUUCAACGGCGACAAGACUGAUGACUUCCGGUUCCCGAACGACACGCUGGUCGGAAGAAACCUGACGGACCGCCAGAUCUACGAGAAGUACUCCCCGUACUGGGUCGUCACCCAAGAUAAUACUGUCAUGAGGUACCCACCCAGGAAAGGACCAUCUGACUAUUGCCACCCGGAGUUUGUUCCCAUCUUUUUGGACGAGCAGCCAGCGGACGUGUUGAAGGCCGCCAAGGACCUCUGCGGGGAGGCUGUCGCCUGCAUCUACGACUACGUCGCCACGGGAAGUCGAGCCGUCGCCAGCGCCAGCAACUCCACCGCCAGCACCGCCGACAACCGCGAGAAAGUCAGCAAAAACACAGUCCCAACACUGACUUUCAACAGUAACCUGACAGUGGUGGAGGGUGACCCAUACACCUUUAACCUCAUGGGGUAUGACCCCGACGCGGGUGACGUUCUGCGGUACUUCGCCGUCAGCAACGGAAGCGGCACGGUGCAGCUCAACCCCAGCACUGGCAACGUCACUGUCAGGGCCAACUCCUCCAUCCCCGUCAACAUGUCGUUCUACGUGGAGGACUCCAGCAACGUCCAGUCGCCGCUGUACGAUGUUCCCAUCAUCGUCUGCAACCGAACGUGCAGCACACACGGCACGUGCGACUUUACACGCGCCACGGUUUCCUCUCUGUCGCAAAGCUUCUACUACGCCGCCUGCACCUGUAGUCCAGCUUGGACAGGCUAUGACUGUAGUAAAGACUUUGACGGGUGUGCGGCCAACCCGUGCAGCGCUCAACAGACCUGUACAGACGUACCCGCCAACACUCAAGGCACCAGUAAUGUUUCCUUCACCUGUAGCAACUGUUCAUCUGGCUAUGUCAAAGACCCGAACGACCAGACCAGGUGUCUUGACAUCAACGAGUGUAACGGCACAAGUAGAGUGUGCUACGGAGAGAACGCCACGUGUGUCAACACGCCAGGGUCGUUCCAGUGCACGUGCGGCUCGGGUUACCGCCUCAAGAUCGAUGGGGUCACGUGCGAGGACAUCAACGAGUGCGCGGAGCGCUCGGUCACGUGUGAGCAGCAAUGUGUCAACACUAACGGCACCUACCGGUGUGAUUGUUACGAGGGCUACAACAUGACGAGCAAAGGCACGUGCGAAGCGGAUGCCAGCACAAACGAAACGUGCGGCAACGCAGGCUGCGAACAUGGCUGCACCAUUUCUUACAACGCCAGCGGCAGCCCUGUGGCCUCCUGCUUCUGCAACGCCGGCUACGUCCUGGUCAACACCACGGCCUGCGUCGACAAGAACGAGUGCAGCGAGGGUCUGUGCAGCCAGACGUGCACCAACACCGUGGGCAGCUUUGUCUGCACGUGCUACCCGGGUAACCUCCUGGGCAGCGACGCACGCACGUGCGAGCCGUGUCCCAGCAUGCAGUACGGCGAGAGUUGCAGCAAGACCUGCCAGUGCAACGGGAGGGGGAUCGCCUGCGACACCGUCACGGGGUGCGUUUGUCGGAGCGGCUGGCGCGGCACAGGUUGUGAGGAGGACAUCAACGAGUGCGUCGAGACACCCGACAUCUGCGGUGCCAAGGUGUGCGGGAACAUUAAUGGCUCUUACACCUGCGACUGUCCCGCCGGCUACACUGCCAACUCUUCUUCUGGCGCAUGCCAAGACAUCGACGAGUGUGCUACUGGUUCCCUUCUCAACACCUGUGGGCCCAAAGAGGACUGUAGGAAUGCCCCGGGUACCUUCAGUUGCGUAUGUAAGCCUGGAUACCGCCGAGAGAACGGAAAUUGUACAGACAUCGACGAGUGUGCGAGCGUGAACAAGUGCCAGCAGAAGUGUAUCAACGGGGAAGGCGCCUACAGCUGUGAAUGUAACUAUGGCUACACUGCCAAUGUCGACCGUACUACCUGCUACCAGUCUGAAGAUGUGUGCGCCAAAGCCAACCAAACGACCUGUGGUCAGGGCUGCACCCUGGAUGGCAAUGACAGGCCCAUCUGCAUCUGUGACUUGGGGUACAGGCUGGACCCUGACGGCAAGACCUGCGCAGACAUCAACGAGUGUGCAGAAGGCACAAGUGGGUGCACUUACAGCUGUUUGAACAUGGCGCCGUUUUUCAAAUGCUCGUGUCCGUUGGGAAAGAUGCUGGACAAUGACCAGAAGACCUGCAUAGCAUGCCCGGCUGGGACAUGGGGUGAGAACUGUGCAAGCACCUGCACGUGCGGGAUAGGCUCCAGCGGCUGUAACGCCACCACAGGGUGCGUGUGUAAACCCGGGUGGACGGGUAUCAGCUGUGACCAGGACAUCAACGAGUGCAGCACGGUGUCCACGCAGGAUGAAUGCCGUCAGCUCCAAGCGACUUGCUUCAACUUCCAGGGAGGCUACCGCUGUCAGUGCCCCACAGGAUACGCGGCAGACUCGAAUAACGUCUGUCGUGACAUCAAUGAAUGCACCAGCAGCCCAAGUCCGUGCAGUCAGAAUUGUGAGAACUCCCUCGGCAGCUACCGUUGUAUGUGCAAUACCGGUUUCGCCCUCAACGAAUCCACUCAGCAGUGCGUAGAUGUGAACGAGUGCGCUCUGCCGGUGACCAACGACUGUACCCAGCGCUGUGACAACACCCUCGGCUCCUACCGCUGCGGCUGUGACAUCCCGGGCCUCGUGCUGAGCAAUGAUGGGGUCACCUGUCAAGCAAGUCAAAACUGCACACGGACUGACUGUCCAACUGUGAACGGAGGAUGCAGUCAGGAGGAGUGUUUCUGUAACUCCGGCUACAAUAUAAGUAGCGAUAACCACACCUGUAACUAUAUAGAGGUGGACUGGUGCGCAGCGGCCAAACCAUGUCAGCAGCAGUGUCACAACACGGCUGACCGCAAAAACUUUUAUUGUAACUGCUCUGUCGGCUACCUGCUCAACCAAGAUGGCCGCACCUGCAGAGAGUGCCCGGAUAAUUAUUAUGGCGAGGGCUGCUCUAAUAUAUGCUCGUGCAAUAAACAAAAUACCCAGUUAUGUAACAAGACCUCGGGCGUCUGCAUGUGCAAGCAAGGUUGGACAAGCACAACUUGCGAUACGGAUGUUGAUGAAUGCCAGUCAGGCUCUGCCGCGUGUCCAGUGAACUCCAUCUGUUCCAAUCUACCGGGAAGCUUCCUGUGUACCUGCAACACAGGGUUUUUAAAAUCAGGCGAAGCAUGUGUUGCAUGUGACGAAGGUUUCUAUGGGGACAACUGCAUCAACAGAUGUGACUGCAGUGUCAACACCGCCUCGUGCGACAAGAUCACGGGGGCGUGUAAGUGCCAAGCCGGGUGGAACGGCACGCGCUGUGAUAUCGACGUCGAUAAGUGUGGUCACGGCGCCCACAACUGUACAGGUAGUCACGUGAUCUGCAUCAACGUGGGCGACAGCUUCCGGUGCGACUGUUCAAGUGGAUACUCCCUCAACUCUUCCACCUUAACAUGCUCUGACAUAGACGAGUGCAAGAACAACGCGAGCGACUGCCGUCAGGUGUGCACUAACACUGAUGGAGGCUACAACUGCAGUUGUUACUCCGACUACAAGGGAACCGGGAAUGACUGUACAGAAAUGAAGAAGGUCAACGCCAGACUGGUCGUGAACAUCAAUGUCAAUGCGAGUGAACUGGCCGACACCUCCAGCCCCAAGUAUGCGGAGUGGGUGCGACUAUCUGAAGAGGCUGUGUUUAGAGAUGUGAGUAAAAGCACGCCGAGCCUAAAGGCAGUCAAAGUCUUAUCUCUCAGGGUUGGAAGCCUUAUCAUUGAGUGUCAGUUCAUCCUGGAUGACCAGACCUACUCCACGGCCGUGUCAGACUUGAUUUACAGUCUCGCAAGUUUGGAGUCGGGCACCAUCACCAUCGGCAACCAGUCGGGAUCCGUCGUGAUCACCAUUAACGGAACGUCAGCAUCGGCCUCCCAGUGCACUCUCUUCAACCUGAUAAGUCAAUGUCCAAGUGGACAGGAGUGCCAGGUGGAGAAUGGCAAGGCGGUGUGCAAAUCAACUGACAAAAAAGAUAUACCACUCAUCGUGGGUCUGUCUGUGGGUCUUCCCCUCGGAGUCAUCCUGAUAGUAGUUAUCGUUGUUAUCGUAGUCAUGAAAACGAAGAAAACUGGGAAAGGACGACUGUUCAGACGACACUCCUCUGUUUCACCUGUGCUGGAUCCGUCAGCUAAGAGUGGAGGAUACUCCGCCGUUGGGACGCCACCCGAAGGCACUACCAGGAAAGGCAGCUGGACCAACGACAUUUAAGCUGCACCAAUCAAGACAGAAAUUAGUGAUAAAUCAGACCUCUCAAUCUUCAAUGUUUCUUAGACAACUCUCAUCCGUCCUUAUUAGCCGCUCUUUCAACUGUUAGGAACUGCAACCACUUGAGUAUGAAGAUGAACCAGGACACCGCGUGGCACCAUGUGACGAUGAAACAGGAACAAGAUGAAAGGAUGAAAGACAAUGGACUAGUGUGACGACAUUUUUCUGUAGGCCACGCCCUGCUCUGUGGAUUUAUGCUCAACACAAGCCCCAUCAGCACAGUUCUAACACAACAAAGAACAUUCUAGAGGCGGAGAACAGUGAAGCUUUUUCUGAUGGACACCCGCAUUCUCUUGGCGGCACUCUUUCUCUACUGACUAUCGAUAACAAGUGAUGACAGUAUUCUUUUCGAACCUCUUAAACUGCUGUGAUACAUUUUUCAAUACAUCGUCUUGUAUUGUUUUUAAAAAAAUUAUUGUGAUACUUUUGAGUGAUGAUUUUGAUACACUCAUUAUUUAAAGACCUUUUUUUUAUUUCAUAAUGAUGUUGACAGCUUUUUCAAUAUUUUGUAGAAGCUUUUAUUCAACUUUUUCCUAAAGAUUCAUCGUACCUCCUUGUACAUAUAUUUCUUAUGGCCUGUCCUUUUGUUUAGAGAAAAGUAAUUCGAUUAGAAGUGACAGGCUACAAUAUUUAUAAUGCCAUAAAAAUACUGGUUUCCAGAUUAGUCUGAGCAUUGAAGCGACCCAUACUAAGCGGGUGCAAUGAAUUGCUUACAUCUACUCUAAUCUGAAUUGUUAUAGUGGCUGACGAAAAGAUAAGCACACAAACACACAGCAAAUUCUUUUGAUAAACUGCAUUAUGGAGUAACAAAUUACUCUGUUUUUAAGAAUUAUAAGAAAAGAAAAAGAUGCUGUAAGAAUAUCAGAAAAUUGCUCCACAAGAGUAAUUUUUAAAUAAGAGCAUGCAAAAUAUUUUAGGCAUAAAUCUGUCGAAUUUUUUCUGGAAUAUCUCUGGAACCAGAGGACUAAAACUUUUAAACAACGAAUGGCAAUGCGUUAAUAACAAAACUGGAUACCACAAUAUUAAAUUUAGAGUGAGCAAGAAUUCAGACUUGGUAGUAGUAGCAGGACCAAUAAAUGUACACUUUGAUAGUUGCAUACUAUACAUGAGUAGACACUGAGUUAUAAUCCAAACGCAGAUUAAUUACAUGAACAAUAUAAAGAGUGAAAGAUUACUACAGACAUAAUAAUUAAUACACGUUUUGCAACAAUAUUGUGAUAUCUCUGCAAGACUUCUCGCUUGAUUUUUAAGAGAUUGCCCUCCAUUUUGCAGACAGUAUUUUUUGUUUCGAUUUUUGUUUUGUUUUCUUAUAUUUGCUCUUGUUUCAGUUGAAAGGUUAAAGUGCAUAACAAUUAUAAUUUUCACUUCGAUCUAGAAUUAAAGAGUGUAAAAUCGUUCAUAGUCAGCGCGGCGACUUUUGUCACAGCUCAGAAGAACAAGCAGACGUGGCUCUAGCUCCUUGUUUGGCCAAAUGUAAAACUAAAAUGUCCAGUGAUAAGGUCCAGUGAUUGCUAGUCCUCAAACAGCAUUCUUUGAAACCUGGAAUGAACAGUCUACACAGACGAAGAUACCUUUAUAAAACUGAGACUACAGGUUGGAACAGUCUGAGUCUGUUAUUUUAUGUUAUUUAUUAAAUUGCAAGAGUAAGAAAUACCACCCGGGACGAGGGAGCUGGCUGAGGGUUCUUGCCACUGUCAUUGCUUUCCUUCAACAGCAGACGCACUUGUCAACGAUGGCACAACCGAGCGGUUAUUGAUGGGGAGGGGAGUGUAACUGAUAACAAGUUAAACGACGGCAACGCUUUUGUCAUUUGCCAGAGUUUUGUACUGAGCCAAAGUUUUAUAAUUUAAUAAAUAUUUACCUGUAUUGUUUUCUUUCGUUCAAAAUGUCUUUUCUUUUCUCGGUAUAUUAAAAUGUGUGAUCUGUA